GGGCCGGGCGGGGCGGGAGCGGGCCAGGCUGGAGCCGCAGCGCCGAGGGGCUUCUGGCUGGCGGCGGAGGCUCGGCCAUGGCCGAUUACCAGAUUUCGGUGGAGGAGCUGAACGACCUCUUGGCUAAUGGGAGCGGCUGCUACAGCCUGCCCAGCGCGCACAGCAACGAGGUGGUGCCGCGCAUCCACGUGGGGAACGCGUUCAUAGCCAAGAACAUUAUGAGGCUGCAGCGUCUGGGGAUAACCCAUGUUCUCAAUGCAGCAGAGGGGAAAUCAUUCAUGCAUGUGAACACUAAUGCAGAGUUCUAUGAAGGCACAGGCAUCAGAUACCAUGGCAUUAAAGCUAACGAUACACAGGAAUUUAACCUCAGUCGCUAUUUUGAGGAGGCAGCUGAUUUUAUUGAGAAAGCCCUUUCCCAGAAGGAUGGACAAGUGUUUGUGCACUGCCGUGAGGGCUACAGCCGCUCUCCCACGCUGGUCAUCGCCUACCUCAUGCUCCGGCAGAACAUGGAUGUCAAGUCUGCCCUCUGCACUGUCCGGCAGAAGCGAGAGAUUGGCCCCAACGAUGGCUUCCUGAGGCAGCUCUGCCAGCUCAACGAGCGAUUAGUGAAGGAGGGCAAGCUCAAGCCCUAGAACAGAGCACUGCAGUAUUUUUUUUUUUUAAGUUUCUCAAACGUUUAGAGGAUGUCUUAGGUGCUUUAGAGACCCAAAUUGCAACCACCAACCUAAAGCGAGACAGAAUUCCUGCUUGUCUAGUGCAAGUAUCUUUCUUGAACUCGGUGACUGUCUUUCAAGAUGGUACAAAAUUGUGUCACUGUUUGGAGCUGUUGCCAUAAAGAGAUGUUUUUAGAGGGGUAACUCCAGUGAUUACAUCUGUCUUCACAUGUAUUUCAGUGCCCCUGCAGACUCCAUAGCAUAUGUGGUUUGCAUUGACAUUGAAUGUGAUUUAUUUAAGGUUUGUCUUUAAUCUCACCAGAGCCCCAGUUUCUGGAAUCCCUAACACAUCUCUUCACUCGCUCUUAAUAGGAGCACUGUAAUUUCUAAAGCUUCUUUUUCAUACACACAGGUGCCUAAAGUUUGAAUGUAGGAGCUUCAAGGAAUGGAGCAGCAUAUAUACAAAUGCACAGAUGCACUCACUUAGAAAAUGAAGUGUAUGCAGUGUUUUGUGUGGAUUUAUGCAAUAUGCAGUGUGUGAUAGUAAAGCCAUUCAGAGCCCAUGCUUGAUGCACACUGUGUUUCCAAGAACAGUUGUAUCUCCUGCUGUUACAAUUGACAUGAAUAGUCUGUUACUAAAUGUACUUUCAUUUUUAUUUCGAAAUCAUACUAGAAAAAAAUGUCAAGAGCAAAUGCUGAGAGAAAAACUUGAACAAGGAAGAAAUAAUAUGACUAUUUAGAAGUGCUUGUGGUGGAUGUAUAAUUAAGUCCUAAGUAUCUGAAUAUAAUGGCUUUCAAAGCUUGUAUGAAACUACAGUGUCUUUAUCUCUUCUUUACUAUCACUGUUUAGUAACACAGAAUGGAAUGACCACACAUGCAGAUUACUUCCAGCACAGGUGUGCUUACAAAGCAGUUUGCAGAAGAACACUCUUGACUUCUUGGAUUGCUUGCAUGGUAUCAUUAAAUAGAAAUGAGCAUUGUAAUGUACCACACUGUAUAGGAAAUAUUUACGUUCUAUUAAAAUAAAGGAUGUCUUGAUUCUGUUUGCCAUGCA